GCAUGCGCAAUCAUCGGCCGAGUCGAUGUAAGGCAUUGAUUGGAAAGAGAAAUGGCAUAGCUCAUUCAAUCCCCGUCGGGACAGCAUGUCGGCCACGAGCUUGGAGAUAUAAUCAGUGGAGCAUUAAUAAAAUACUGUCAUGUCGGAACUUCGAAAUUGUGAUUCCUUUUAAGAAGUGUCUGACUGGAGGGGAGGUGAAAAUUCUAUUGGAUUACGAGUCCGUGUGUACAUAAUGUUAAAAACAAUGGAUAUUUAUAAGCAGACGAUACUUUUCUUCCAGUUAUUGGGACUUCUAGUUCUGUCUGUGUACAGCGAAGAUACAAAACUUAUAACGAUUCUAGUCCGGAACAAGAGAGACUCAGCCACGUCCCCUCCGGUGACGUGUCCCGGAGACUGUUCUAGUGUAAAGGUCCGUCCGAUAUGUGCCUCGGACGGACAGACAUAUCCAUCAAGAUGUGAAAUAAAAAGAUUACAUGAUUGUGACGGCAAAGAUAUAAAAGUAGUUAAAAAAGGGCCGUGCUCAGAUUCCACAGCAUCGAAAUGUUUUAAAGAGCGCCACCAAGCGCAGCAACUUAAAAAGAAGAACGAAGCGCCAUCUAUAGGGAUUUAUAUACCCGAGUGCAAUUCCGAUGGUACUUUCGCAAAGGUCCAGUGUCACAAAGCUACCCAGUAUUGCUGGUGCGUGACAGACGAUGGUAAACCAGUUCCCGGAUCAUCCGUAAGGUCAAAGAAGCCAAAAUGUCGGCGGAAGGCGAAACGAAACAAACGAAAAAGAGGGUCAAAAAGCCGAAACAAAUCAAAAAAGCGGUGUAACCAUUCCGAUCGAUCUACUUUCAACACCAAUCUCAUUACCCUGUUCACUGAGGAGUACCAAAGAUUACAGAGCGCAAAACCAAACAAGACAGCGGGCAUUACAGAGCUUCCGAUCAAGUCAGAGUCUGACUCCAUUCUAGACACACCUGAAAAACGAGUGGUUGAGUGGAAGUUCACCGAGCUCGACACUGACCAGGACAACCAGCUGAAGAAGAAGGAGAUUGGCGCCCUCACACGACUGGUGCGAAAGUUAGUCAAGCCCAAACCCUGCGCACGCAACUUCGUCAAGCAUUGUGACCUUGACAAGAACCGGAAGAUCGCCCGCAACGAAUGGUCGGUCUGUUUGGGAGUGGACUUAAAUAUCUCUUUUCGCUUGUUUUUGUUGCUGAAUGUAGACGACCAGACGACACCUACUCCUUCUUCUAAUACCAAGAAGGAUAAACCAAUCAUAAAAGAUGAUCUUGCUGGUGCCGCUCUCUGGAGUGCACAGCUGAGACCAAGUGCGAGUGACGAUAAAGACGAAGAGGAGGAUGAAGAUAAUGACGAAGAGGUAAAGGACUGCUCACACGAAAGGAAAGUGGCCCUGGAGAUGCACAAGACGGACCCAAACGGCCGGAUAUUCAUUCCGAGAUGUUCGCUGGACGGCAAGUUCGAGCGGGCCCAAUGUCACGAAUCGACAGGCUACUGUUGGUGCGUGGACGCCGGCUCGGGGAAACCCAUCCCGGGUACUUCGACGUAUAAGGUUACGCCUGAUUGUGUCAAGGCUGUCAGUAAAAUUAUUCCAGUUGCAGUCGUUGUUCCAGGGUGCCCCGCCAUGCAGAAAAAGAGGUUCCUGACCACCUUGAUAGACGCGAUGACGCAGGAUAUGGUUCAGUGGGUAAAGAACAAUUCGGAUGCUGGGUGUCUCCGUUCCAGGUUACCCGACUCGGACCCGAGUCACUCCUUGGAGGAGCGAGUAGUCAGAUGGAAGCUGAAGAAUCUGGACCAGAACAGUAAUCAGGCUUUAGAACGACGAGAAAUACGGACUCUGAAAAUGGAAAUACGCAAAAAUGACCAAGUGAAGAAGAAGAAGUCGCUACGUAAAUGUGCGAGGUCGUUUGUGGAAUUCUGUGACGCUGAUAAAAACAAGAAGAUAACCAUGGACGAAUGGACGGAUUGUAUGGGCUUAAAUACAGAUGUUAAUGACCAGCAACCUCCGUUACCACAGAAUCCAAAGCGCCGGGGGCCGAAUCCGUUUAGUAAGUAUCUUCACAGCUAGGCGCUUGAUAACCAAUCACUGCACUGCUAGGCGAUGGAGAUAACCAAUCACUUCUCAGCAAGGAAUCGACCAUUCACUGCAUUGCAAGGCGGUUGAAUUGACCAAUCACUUUACAGCUAGGAAUUUCAAUGGUUUGGAUUGGGUGAUCACAAGAGUUUGGUGAAGGGGUGAAAAUCAUGGGACUCUGAUUUUGACUACCACACGGAAUCAAUCUUGGAAUGAGCCAUGUGGACAGUAGUGGUAUAUGUUAUCAACGACUGCCACAAACUAUCGUUCAUCCUUUUCCCGAUGGUGAGAGCUAUUAUAUUGUUUCUAAAAUGUUCCAAGAUGGUGUUAUGUGUCAGUGAUGGAUUAGGGAACGGGUGGAAACUUUUCAAGUUAUACCUGCGUGAUGGUCUAACAUUCUGUGGCACUAGUGUAUGUAUACUGGUGUAUGUGUACUGGCUAUAACAUCUUCCUGUUUGCAAAGUGUAACAAUUGUAUAUUACUUAUCAAACGUAUUUCCUUAUCGUAAGGAAGGGUUUGUUGUUGUUUUGUGUACAAAGUUAUUUAAAUAUCUUAAAAACAACCGUUUACAUAUUUUUGUGCUUGUUAAAUAACAAUUUGUAUUCUACUGCUGUCAUACCUGAUACUCUACAGCCUCCUGCAUAUCAAUAACCAAAGUCAUAAUGUCAGCGGUCUUUGCAGAUCUUUUAACCUUCAUGAAGCCGAUUUGAGGGAUGCACUACAUGUGGCUACACGCUGCCAUUUAGCAAUGCACAGCGCAACUCGCUUUUAUAUGCACCCAAAAGAUGUCUCAGACAGUCACGUUUACGACAUCAGCAGUCAUCAGCACGACAGAUGAAUAUUUAUAAUAAGAGUGAUAAUAUGCGGUGAUAUAUAUUUGGGAGAGAAGAUCCUUAUUGGCAAGACUCGAAGUGUGCCCUAGGCAUUCAUUGCCACUAACCAUGGGGCGGCCUUCCCGAGCGUUGGCUGUAACCUACAUGUACAUGCACAUUCAAUUUACGUUCGGUGUAUACUAUUUUACGCUGAAUGUACAUUUUUCAAAAAAUACGUAUGGCGUUUAGUUAUUUUAACGUUCAUACUAGUGAACGUAAUUAAUUUAACGUUUAACGUGUAAUAGUGGUAUUAUGAUCCUAUCGGCUGGCGAUACCGACCACUGUUCACUAUCAAAUAAUCUACCAAAUGUAUUUGCCUACCAUCUAACACAUUUUGGCUCUCCGUAACACACUGGUUACACCACUCGCUAUAACACCAUUUGACUUUUGUGAUCCAUCCCUUUGGUUACCAUUACAAGUCAGAGAUGCUGAUCGGGAAUCUGAAAUAUGUUCGGAAAUAGUGUUUUGCCCGACAAUAGUCUUUGGAUAUUUUGUGUUUUAAAUGUAACUCACUAUGGCAUGUAUCUACCAGUACCCAUGUCAAUCUGUCAUAGAACAAUGAAAUGGGGAAGGACUCUUUUUCCGUGAGGCACUACACAUGGGCAAUAACAUUGCAGUCGAUGCUCACAUCAGAGUCUGGUGUUACCUCGUGAUGGAUCAUGUGUGAUAAUCGCAUUAUGUAACUUUUAACACAUCACUUCGCACGUCUAACAGCCAAAAUGCACUAUUAACACCACCAGAACUCGCUUCAAACAAAGUACGCUUCAUCGCACUAAUGUUGUUAACAACGUGUCAGAAGUAGGGGAAUAUGGUGCGUUUGAUAAUUCAUUGUCCGAUUUUAUCACACGUGUUCAUUAGCAAACCUUCCAAGAGCUGAAGUAACUCUUUGAGAUUGCUUUUAUGGUAAAAAUAAACAGAAUACGUUGACUCGAAUUGAGGAAGUGACACCUUUAGUUUCAAUCGACGGAAUCCCACAUACAUUAAAGAACGGUCAACAAUGCAAAAGAUGAAAUUGGUGAAGCGAUAAGAGUCUUACCUACAGAAAUCAUUUUACAAGUUAUAAAAAUAUUAUAGUAUCUCAAAACCUGAGAGGAAUCUCUUCUCGUUUUCCAGUUGGUCAGUUGAACUAGACGGAGGCUGUAGAGUGUCAGUGAUUGGACCGAUGCCGUGACGUCAUGUGAUCAUGUGCCCGUGACGUCAAUACGUACAUUGAACGCCUUAUAUACUGAGUGAAUAUGCAUGUACUGUUCGAAAAGGAUGUGAAUUGCGUCGAAAGCAAUGUGCAACAAUCAGAUAUUGGCAGAUUUUAAACUUUGAUCCUAUUGGUGCGCAUGAUGUCACGUGACAUUUGAAUUCAACCAAUCACGGAUUGCAUUUUAGACGAUGUCAAGUUAGUAGAGAUUCUUUGUUUUACGAGUGACAAUGAACAGUGGGCAAUGGUGGAAAUGUCCUGCAUUUUAUCUGUUUUAUACGUAGAAGUGUCAAAUUACAGAUCGGUAGACCUUUUGGUAGAUUCUUAGCUUUGUGAAUGUGAUUCACUCAGACUCUAAUUGCGUAGUUUUGACUGGAUAUGCGACUCUGUAAAUAAAUCUUGUAUCAUACU